AUGGAUUUUGGUUAUCCUCAAAAUCUGUCGCCUGAAAUUUUGAAGCUUUACAUCACUCAGGAAGGUGUACGCUCACCGUUUUCGUCCAAGCCUGCAGAUAAACCAGUCCCCAAUGCAACUUUGCAAGUUACGGGUGCCGUUGGCUGGCGUAGGGAAGGCCUUGUUUAUAAAAAGAAUGAGGUGUUCCUGGACAUUGUGGAAAGUGUUAAUCUUCUUAUGUCUUCAAAAGGUAGUGUUCUGCGUUGCGACGUUACUGGGAAAGUUCUUAUGAAGUGCUUCCUUUCUGGAAUGCCUGAUCUGAAGUUGGGCUUAAAUGAUAAAAUUGGCCUCGAGAAAGAAUCGCAACUUAAGUCACGUCCCGCAAAGAGUGGGAAAACUAUUGAGCUUGACGAUGUUACUUUCCAUCAGUGUGUAAAUUUGACGAGGUUUAAUGCGGAAAAGACUGUUAGCUUUGUGCCACCAGAUGGUGAAUUUGAACUGAUGAAGUACCGUAUCACUGAGGGUGUAAAUCUUCCAUUCCGGGUGCUGCCAACUAUCAAGGAGUUGGGUCGCACGCGCAUGGAAGUAAAUGUUAAGGUAAAAAGUGUUUUUGGUGCAAAAAUGUUCGCACUUGGUGUGGUGGUGAAGAUUCCGGUACCAAAACAAACAGCAAAAACAAGUUUCCAAGUGACAUCAGGCCGAGCAAAGUACAAUGCGUCUAUUGACUGUUUGGUCUGGAAGAUAAGAAAAUUUCCUGGACAAACUGAGCCAACCUUGAGUGCUGAAGUAGAGUUGAUUUCCACAAUUGCAGAAAAGAAGUCUUGGACUAGGCCGCCAAUUCAGAUGGAAUUUCAGGUUCCUAUGUUCACAGCAUCUGGUCUACGUGUCCGAUUUCUCAAAGUAUGGGAGAAGAGCGGCUACAACACUGUCGAGUGGGUCCGUUAUAUUACCAAAGCUGGGUCUUAUGAGAUUAGGUGCUAG